AUGACGACUGAUUCAAUGGAUGUUGAUGACGACUUGUCUUUCGACGUGGAGAACCAAGGGGCAGACCUUUAUUUUCCGGCUGAUGUUGUUGAUGAUGAUGAUGAUGAUGAUGAUGAUGAUGAUGAUGAUGAUGACGAUUCCUUAAACAAAGGUCCUGAUGUUUCUGUUGGCAAACGAGCAGACGGAUUAUCUGAUGGCAAGCAAUCGCUGCAACCCAUGGACACCCGCAACACUUCAGUGCAUUGCCCUGCCUGGGAUUCAAACAGACAAACAGAUAUAAAGAAUUGGGAAGGGAUGAUGUGA